UGAGAGGACGGAGACGACGGCGGUGGAACUGGCUCGGGCUGACGGAAAGUUGGCCUGCCAUUGACGUCGUUUUCGAUUCUGUAUUCCGGUGAAAAUGAAAUGUUGGCCUAGGCGCCUAUAGCAUCCGCAGAAGCGUCCUCGUCUUUCUCGCGAUCUUUCUUCUCUCCGAUGCCCACUCCUCAUCCACAAAACUAAUAGAGGUCAACCAGUCGAGACUGGUGUCAUCGAUCGAGCGGUUGGAGCAGACAUGGAGUCUGCGGCUGCGAGCGCUUUCCUGAAGAGCGUCAUGGGGAGGCUCUUCCUGGUGCUGGAGAAGGAGUACAACAAGCAGAAGGGCCUCAGGCAAGACACCCUCUCCAUCCAGCAGGACCUCCGCAUGAUCGCCGCCGCCAUGGACGACCGCCUCCACGCCCUGGGGAACAGCCCACGCCGCACGGCCGUCGCCAGGCUGUACAGCGAGGAGAUGCUCGGCCUGGCGCACGACGCGCAGGACUGCAUCGACCGCAUCGUGCACCGCCUCACCUGCAGGCCGCGCGGCGGGGGCGGCGGCGGAGGGGCGUCGCUGGUCCGCCGGGUCGCGCACGAGCUGAAGAAGGUCCAGAGCCGCUCGGGCUUCGCCGACGAGAUCCACAAGCUCAAGUCCCGCCUCAAGGACGCGCACCAGCGGGUCAUCAGUAUCCCCAUUGCCGCCCCCACCUACCACGAAUUCGCCUCGCCGCCGCCGUCCUCGAAGACGUGUCGCGUGGCGCGGAACCCGGUGGGCAUCGGAAAGCCCGUGGAGGAGCUCCUCUCGCUGCUGGACGAGGUGGAGGGUGAGCCGGAGCAGCUGAGGGUGAUCUCCGUCGUGGGAUUCGGCGGCUUGGGGAAGACCACCGUCGCGAGGGCGGUCUACGACAGUCCUCACGCCGCGGAGAGAUUCGACUGCCGUGCUUGGGUCGCUGCCGGUCGCUCAACAGAGACCAACGGCGACGGGGUCGGUGAGAUCCUACGCGAUAUACUCCGGCAAGUUCUCCCCGAAGACGGCAUGGAUGUCGGCGACGACCAACGUCUUGAAGCCUUGCUCACUGAAUACCUCAAGCACAAGAGGUACUUAAUUGUCAUUGAUGAUAUUGGGAUGGAGCAAUGGAGCGCUAUAAACUCCACCUUUGAAGACAAUGGUGAAAGAAGCAGAAUACUACUGACCACAACUAUUCACUCAACAGCUAAUAUAUGUAGCCAUGGCAAUGGUUAUGUGUACCAGCUGAACACACUUGGUGAAGAGGACUCCAAGAAAAUAGCACUUCAGGGAGUACAAUCGCCUGAGCUGGAGCAGGGUUCGAAGACGCUGCUGCAGAAAUGUGGUGGUCUUCCACUUGCUCUUGUUAGUGUCUCUGAUUUUCUGAAAAGUUCAGGUGAGCCCACAGGGGAGCUGUGUGCAAAGCUAUGUCGCAACCUGGGUUCUCAUCUGAAGGAGAAGCAUGACCAUGACAACUUCACAGAACUGAGAAAGGUGCUUAUGCACAACUACGACAGUUUGUCUGUAUACGCUAUGACCUGCCUGUUGUACCUUGGUGUAUUCCCAAACAAUCGUCCCCUCAAAAGGAAAGUUGUGAUCAGGCGGUGGUUAGCUGAAGGAUAUGCACGGAGUGACUCUCUUCGCAGUGAAGAGGACAUCGCGGAUGAGAAUUUCAAGGCACUUAUCGAUCGGAAUAUCAUCCAGCCUAUUGAUACAAGAAACAAUGCUGAAGUGAAGACGUGCAGGACUCAUGGCAUCAUGCACGAAUAUGUGCUCCAAAAGUCUGUGUCACAGAAGUUCAUCGUGACAUCAUCUCGUGAUCAUCCAAGAGCCUGUGUGAAUUUUAAUAAUGCUUGCCACCUUUCUAUCCAUGGUGGCAAUGUGACAGAUGGCGACACAUCUGAUGAGGAUUUAUCUCGUGUUCGGUCUCUGACAAUUACUGGGAACGCAGGUGAUGCUAUUUCUUAUGUUCAUAAGUGCAAACUACUACGAGUCUUGGAUCUGGAAGAAUGCAAUGAUCUGGAAGACAGUCAUCUCAAACACAUUGGCAAGCUAUGGCAUCUGAGAUAUCUAAGUGUUGGGGGCACUAUUGGGAAGCUUCCGAGCAGCAUCGGAGAAAUGCAUUGCUUAGAGACCCUCAAUUUGAGGAGAACCAAGAUAAAGACAUUGCCCAUUGAGGCCAUUAUGAUGUACCACUUAGCCCAUCUGUUCGGGAAAUUUACGGUUGACAAAGACGAUAUGAAGAAUGCAAACAAGAUGAGUAAAGUAAUGAAGUUCUUGUCUGGAAACAAGAGUAACCUGAAGACUUUAGCUGGAUUUGUUGCCAAUGAGGGGCAAGGGUUUCUGCAACUUAUGGGUCACAUGAGAAAUCUGAGAAAGGUCAAGAUAUGGUGUCAGCAAGUUGCAGAAGGAGCUAACUACACCACUGAUCUUUCCAAAUCCAUUCAGAAUUUCACUAAGGUUCCCAUAGACAGUGCUGGUGCUAAUUCUCUAUCACUUGAUUCAGAAGAAUGUUCCGAAGACUUGCUGAAUUCACUUGAUUUUGAUCCAUGCCCCGAAGGUUUCAAAUACAAUCUGAGGUCACUGAAGCUACAUGGCAAACUACUCCAGUUACCUCCAUUUGUUACCUUGCUGUCAGGUCUCACUGAAUUGUCUAUUUCAUCCAUUACUCUGACACGGGAUUUGCUAUCUUCCCUGAUCAAUUUGGGUAACUUGCUUUACCUCAAGCUGAUCGCGUAUCAGCUUGAGAAUUUUGAGAUGAAAAAAGGGGCAUUCCCAAGUCUGCGACGUCUGUGCUUUAUAGUGCAAAGUCUCUCGUCAGCUCUCCCAGCAAUUGAACAAGGAGCUCUGCCGAACCUCGUCUCACUGCAGCUGCUCUGUCCGGGUCUAGUUGGUCUUUCAGGCAUCCAAACCAGACACCUCAAACAUCUCAAGGAGGUCACGGUUGACCACCGAGUGCCUGACCAAACAAGACAUGAUUGGGAACAAGCAAUGAAGAACCACCCGAAUAGACCGAGACUCUUGUUGCUCAAAAGUGGUACUGUUUCAGUGGAAAGCGAGGGACCGGGCCAAGAAGAAGCUUAUGCCAUGAGGGAGAAGCGGAAAAUAUGUCUUGUCCAACCAAGUCCUGAUGAUGGAUUGGAUUCUGGUCUCAAGAAGAUGCGGCUUUCAGAUUCUUCUUCGCGGCUCCAAGUGACCGUCCAUCCAGUGCUGUUGAGGGACACGAACAAUGUUUAUCAGAACAAUGUUUAUCAUUUGCAAAACAAGGCUGAGAUGGACGGUAAUUUGCCUGAACACACAUCAAAUAAAACAGUUAAGCCUUUGCGUGGUGCCUGUCCCCUUGCUGCAGAACUUAAGAGAGAGAAGAUCGACAAUGUUGAGUUGCGGGUUGUUACUGACUCCCAGCGCAAACAAUUUGAUGAUCUGGUGAGGCAGUUAAAGGAAUCAGACAAAGCUAUGCUGCCAUCUAAUUCCUCUACACAGUGAUGAACCUGUCUAUAUCAUCAUGGCAGUGCUAGUUCAGCAAAGCAAACUGCCACGGAGAUGAUUCAGCAUGGGCUAUCAAAUCAGAGACAGAAGAAACGAUGAACUGCGGUUGUAUUGUAUGGUCUGUAAUAUACCUCUUGGCACAAGAUCUCUCUCCUCAGUUUAUUGUCUACCAUAGUUUUCUGUUGUUACAAAGUCCACCAUGUUGUUACCGAGGAUCAGAUGUCAAAAAAACUGUUUGUUUUUUCUGCAGAGAUGUACUUACAGUAGUUUCAGUAUCUGCGCA